GGAGGAGACAGAGCUCUAAAACAAAGUUAGAGUCAGAGGCAUUUGCAGCAGAUCUGAGCUCAGUUAGUCUCUGACAUUUGGUGAAACUUUGUUGAGCUGCAGGCUGGAUGAUAUCAGGAGCGAGCAGGCAGCAGCCAAACCCAACGACACACACACACACUGAUACAGAGAGCUGCCCGGCUGUGUUGGAUAUGACUCGCCCGCUGAGGCAGUGUGCCGUGGUGGACUCUCAGUGACAGUUGGGAUUAAACCGGUUUCCGUCCAGUCAGCAUGUGUUCGUCUCCCCUCUCGAGGAGCCCUGCAGCUCCUCGCCUGCUCUCCGCUGAUAGGAGAGGAACCUCUCCUCUGUGAGAGACAAACAUGCUGAACGUAUACCACGACCUGAUAACUGACCUGAGACCUGUUACAGGGAGCAGGUCGCUGAAGAUACAGACCAAACAGCACACCUUUAAUACCAACAUUUAGUUAGUUUGUGUCCUCGUUAUAGCGUCCAGGAAGCUGCAGUCAUUAUAGUUCAAGUCACCAAAGAACCCGGGCACAGAUUCACCAGCUGGUCUCACCUUACUGGACUCAGAUCCACCUGCUGGUCUCACCUAACCGGACUCAGGUUCACUUGCUGGUCUCGCCUAACCGGACUCAGAUCCACCAGCUGGUCUCACCUAACCGGACUCAGAUCCGCCUGCUGGUCUCACCUAACCGGACUCAGAUCCACCAGCUGGUCUCACCUAACCGGACUCAGAUCCGCCACCGCCAGCCUCGACGAGAGCCCCCUAGUGGAGGGAUCUACAUACUUGCGUUUCAUGAAGAUGGAGUGACACCCCCAGGAUCUGCUGACGCCUCAGAGAUCGGAUGUCUCCAUCGGACAAAACCAAAUACCAAAGAUGUCGGUGAAGCUGCAGUUCGACUCUCCGUCCGACGGAGGUUUGAUUCACAGGAGUCGCUCCUUCACCGGGUUCAGCUCGCUGACUGGACGACGCCGGGGGUCGUCGUCCGUCCGCAGCUCCGUCCGCUCCAAGUCCAUCACUGGAGCUAAAUCUCCCAGAAUGCACUUGUCUCCCAGCAGAGGAGGCGGGGCUAUCUGGUCUAUGCAGCCGGAUCAGGUGGACAAAGUGUUCCAGGCGCUACGCAAAGGACUCAAGGAGUUUCUGGAGGGUCACCAGGCUGAGAUGGACUUCCUGUCGUCACAGCAGAGAGAGACCAAGAGAAACUCCAGACUGGCCUUUCUCUACGAUCUGGAGAAGGAGAUAAGAGCGUUAGAGAGAUACAUACGGAGACUAGAGUUCCAAAUCAGUAAGGUGGAGGAGCUGUAUGAGACGUACUGCAUCCAGUGGCGUUUGUGUCAGGGAGCUGUGAACAUGAAGAGAGCGUUCUCUUUGUCCCCGUCCAGCCGAGCGUCCAGAGACAGCCUACUGGAGCUCAACCGCAACCACAGACACAGCCUGCAGGACAUGUCAGCCAUGGAGGGAGAGUUAGAGAUCCUCCUCGGAGAGCUGCACAUCAAAAUGAAGGGUCUGAUCGGCUUCGCUCGGCUCUGCCCCGGAGACCAAUACGAGGUUGUAGUGCGGUUGGGUCGUCAGCGAUGGAGGAUCAGAGGAAGGAUCCAAUCAGACGACACGCAGUCGUGGGACGAGGAGGAGAUGGUCUUCCUCCCGCACUUACACCAAAACUUUGAGAUAAAGGUAUCGGAGGCAAAGGGUUUGGGUUGGCUGCUGGUCGGCAUGGUGACGUGUGCGAGCGCUGACUUCUUCGUGGCGAGGCCUCAGCUGAUGUUGGUGGACAUCACGGAGCUGGGAACCAUCAAACUGCAGCUGGAGGUCACCUGGAACCCCUUCGACAGCUCUGAGAAGAUAAGGCCGCUCUCCAUCAGCAGACAGUCUGUGUCCAGCAGGAAGAGUUCCGUUUACAGCUGGACGGCCCCGAGCACGCCGUCCUUCUCCGAGAAAUACUUCAUAUCGAUGGUUCGAGAGCUGAAGGAUGGAGAUGGCUCGCUCCCGUCUCUGCUGCCAAACAGUCGACACAACAGAGGGGGCGUGUCCCUGAUCAGCUACCUGUCCAACCCCUCACACACCUCCAUGACACCCAACCACAGCCCUCAGAGCCCCUACAUGCUCAGUCUGACGCGGGCUCACAGCUUCCCCUCCAGUCACAGUCAGUGCACCAGUCUGGGGGGGAGUCAGACUCACCUGUCCCUGGAGGAGGAGGAGGGGUCUAUGGAGGCGUCUGUGGAGGAGGAAGAGGAGGAGGAGAGGAGGAGAAGGAGAGAGGAGAAGGACGGAGAGGAGGAGUGGAGUGUGUUAGAUACUCUGUCUUCACCUGCAGAGAGUAAAACAGGAUCUCUGCUCGCCCUCCACAUGUCGAGCACUCCCGACAUCCUCAGAAAGAACACGACUGAACCAGAAGCAGAAACCCGCAGCGCAGCGCUGAGAGCUGACUCCGUCUGUGUUCAGGACUCUCCAGAGUGUCAGUCCUACUCCGUCCCUGUCUCGCCCUCACCUCCAGCUGUGAUCCCUCCCUCACCCACCACAGAUGCUCCGCCCCCUGGGAGGCCAGGACCCAGCGCGGCCCAGCGUAGGGCACAGUCACUCAGACUGGGAGCCCUGAUCUCAGAGCUGGAGAGAACUUUACAGAACCAGAAGAGCUCAGAGAAAGAGAUGAGAGCGCUCGACCACCAGAUACUUCAUCUGGCUACCAUACUGAAGAACAACCUGUCCCUGCUGAAGAGUUCGUCGUCAGAGGAAACGCUCGCCGUGGAGGAAGUCCUGGGCAGCUUUGACUUCCUGUCCCAUGACUUCAACGCUGAUGAUGACACUUCCUGUUUGGGCAGCCUGAGGCUUAAAGACAGCGGCAUCAGCUCCUUCCAGCAGAGCACUCUGAGGAGUCUGGGCCUCCUCUCCACCAGGAGCCAAUCAGCUUCAGAGGAGGAGCUGGCCUUUGCCCCACUGACUUCUGGGAACUGGGGUCUUGACCAGGCUCUGGAGACUCACCUGGAUAUCUGCUGCAUCCUGCUCCAGAUGUUGAGAGCGACGGACUUCCCUCCGUCCAGACGGGAGUUGCUGGAGGAGACGAGCCUGCAGGCUGAAGUCCUGGACCGAGUGAGCGGUCUGCUUCUGGAGAGGAACGACAACAUCUCUGCUAAAGACAUCCUGCCGAAGCCUCAGAGAACGAGGGACGUGCUGCUGUUCUGGGACGAGUGUGUGAACGACAGCAGCUCUCCUUUCUGCUGCAGCUCGGACACGUUCUGCAGGACGCUGAGGAAACGUUACACACACAAGGUGAAGGCCAAGCAGCCCGGGCAGUCAGAGAAAGUGUUCUCUCAGCUCCGGCAGCAGCUGCAGACGGUCUGUCGGACGGUUCCCGCUCCUCGUCCUUUCUGCAGCCCCGACAGAGUCUCUCUCUUCCAGCUGUCCGUUUAUCUGAAACGCUGGAACAUCACGGGGCUCGGAGAUCACAUCUCUCGUCUCUCCAGAGAAGAGUACUUCCUGUCUGCCCUGAGGGGCCCCAAACGGAGACGGGCUUUAAAUAAAAUAAAGGGGCGGGGUAUCUCAGAGCUCCUCCCUCUUGGAUGCACGCUGCAGACUCUAGCCGCCCUGCAGAUCGACUCCAACCACAAAGUGUGUAAAGCUGCUGCUGGGUGUCUGUGCAGAGCUGCAGGCUGCAAGACCUUCAGGAGCAAGGCUGUCGUUUUUUACACAGAGAGUCUGAAGAGCUCCGACGUUGAGAUCCAACACGGAUCCUGUCUGGCUCUGAAAUGCCUCAGGGCCUCAGAGAGCGUGGACCACAUCGCAGAUCUGUGGCGAUCAGAGGAUGAAGAUCUUCGCAGCGCUGCCAAAGAGACCGUCCUCUCCUUCGGUAAGAAGGGUUACCUGGCCUUCCACAGGAUGGACCAGCUGUCCUGUGAGCUGGAGGAGGAGGCGUAUCAGAACCAGGAGACUGAGAUCACGUUCCUCUAGGACGAAACGCUCUAGUCCUCUAGGACCUUUGAACUGGCAGAACCAGAGCGACAGGAUCCUCAGAGUCUGGACCAGAGACUCACCACGAACACAUUUUGUGUCUCAGACGGAUGAAGAAGAAGACGAAGAAGAAGAAGAAGAAGAAGAAGAACUUUGUAUUUCAAGAACAGAAGCCAAAGACACGAGAGAAGAUAUAGAGAUAAAGAUGGAGACUCUUACUCUCUCUGGAUCUCUCUCUUCCUGCACGAUUUGAUCUCAGCGUUUAGAUCAUCAGACCAAAGUACUUAAUUAUAGGAUGCAAAUGACAAUAACAAAGAUAACUGAUGAUAUUAAAGGAACAUCAGACGAGAAAAUAUUUGAGUUAUUUUACCUGCAAAGAUUUAAGGUCCCCUGAAACCCACCUUUCAUCACUGAGACUUGUGCAGGUGCUGCCCCCUGCUGGCUGUCUGGGUGAACUGCAGCUCGUGAAGGUUCCUGACCUGAGGAUGCUUUCCCUGACUCCGCUGUGGUCAAACUGACCUCUGACCUCUGUGACUGAGUAUUUAAGGAAUGUUUUUGAGGUUUUUUUUAAACGGCGUGGGAAGAUCGAGCAGAGGACGUUAAAUUUGAGCUUUUUCUUUAAUCCUCAGCGAGCGAGCACGGGAAAGUUCAACAUAAGGAAAGUGAGCAGCACGUUAAGGAAGGUUUUUGACUUUUGAGAGAUGAACCAGCACGUUAUCCAAUCAUAUCAUUACUCUCUCACUACAUAGACUGACGCGUGGGGUCAGAUACUCAGCCUUCAGUCUUCAAUCAAUCAGCGUGCAAAUUGAUCAGAAAGCAGGAGAAUAGACGAGGCAGGACGUCACUGAGAGGAUCUCGACUAAAACAUUAUUAAAAUUAAUCCAGAGGGUCUUCACAGAAGUCUGC